AUGGCCCCUCUACUCGAGCAACUCAAGAACUUUAUCCGCCACGGCAAGAGCGGCAAGGACAUGAAGCCACGGGAGUCUUCCUCCUCCACAGGACUUACUUCCUCAUCACGAUCCUCCAAAUCCAGAAACGCCUCCAGAAACAACUCACCCUCAAGGAAUACAACUGCAUCAGUAGGAUCCACAGCAAUAGCAACAGAAGGUACUUCAGCGGCUGAUAUCCAGGACAAUGGAGCAGCUACGGCCGCCGCAGUCAAUGCGACUAACUUUAACAACAACAAUACCGAGGCGGCCUCGAGGAUCGUCGCUGAGGAGAAACAUCAAAAGAGCAAGAUGCCCGUUUACCCUGGACUGGAGCGAUACCGACUUGUCGAGAAAAUGGGCGAUGGUGCAUUCAGCAACGUCUACAAGGCAUACGACACAAAGAUGGAUCGCCUUGUUGCCGUCAAGGUUGUGCGCAAGUUUGAGCUCAACGCCCACCAGCGUGCCAACAUUCUCAAGGAGGUCCAGAUUAUGCGCCAACUCAAGCACGAAGGGAUUGUCGAGCUGUACGAGUUCUCAGAAUCGAACGAGCACUAUUUCUUGGUAUUGGAAUUGGCACCCGGAGGAGAGCUCUUCCAUCGCAUUGUCAAACUGACGUACUUUUCCGAGGACCUCACCCGUCAUGUCAUUGUCCAGGUCGCCCAGGCCAUUCGCUAUCUUCACGAGGAAAAGGGCGUUAUUCACCGUGAUAUCAAGCCCGAAAAUAUUUUGUUUGAGCCCAUCCCCAUUAUUCCUUCACCACCCGGAGCCAAGCCCGACGAAGACGACAAGGAGGACGAGGGAGUCUUCCAGCCCGGUAUCGGAGGCGGUGGAAUUGGCCGCGUCAAGAUUGCUGAUUUUGGACUGUCCAAAGUUGUGUGGAACGAGCAGACGAUGACUCCCUGCGGAACUGUUGGAUACACUGCUCCCGAGAUUGUCAAGGAUGAGCGGUAUUCAAAGUCUGUCGACAUGUGGGCCAUGGGAUGCGUUCUUUACACCCUUCUCUGCGGUUUCCCUCCAUUCUACGAUGAGAGCAUCCAAGCUUUGACUGAGAAGGUCGCCCGUGGACAAUACUCCUUCCUUAGCCCUUGGUGGGACGAGAUCUCCUCAUCAGCCAAGGAUUUGAUUACCCACCUGCUGUGUGUCAACCCCAACGAGCGCUACACUAUUGACCAGUUCUUGGCUCACCCAUGGAUCAAGGCUGGAGAGACUGCCGCCAAAGCUGCUGAGGAGGCUAUUCCAGCCAUUGCUGUUGAUUCGCCUGCACCCGAGAACAAGGUCUUGUCGAGCGUGGCUGCCAUGACACCCGAGUAUGGCGUGAAGGCAGCCUACAAGCGUAGAGCCGAGAACCCCCUGUCGCCCGGUAUUGGACUCAAGGAAGUCUUUGAUGUCUCGAACGCUGUGCAUCGUAUGGAGGAAGAGUCUCGUCGCCGCAACACCCCUCAGGCGUCUGGUCUUCACCCCGUUGAUGCCUUGAACACCUCGACCCGUCAGCGCCAGGCUUUCAUGUCUCAAUUGAACGAGGAGGACGAGAUGGAUGAGGACUCGGAGGACAUGGGAACAAUGUCGAGCGAUGACGAGGCGAUUCUAAGCAGCCUGAACCAUGUGCAGAUCAACAUCAACGGUGCCCAGGACGAGACACAUGUGAUGGAGACGGACGAGGAUCAGAAGGCGCAGGAGCUCCGGUUAUUGUUGCAGCAGCAGCAACAGGAGUACCAGAAAGCACAGGGCGAGAUUGCCGCUGAACAUCACCAAAAGUACCUGAAGCAGUCGCAGAUAGCUGGACAGGCUAUACCCGUGCAACAUAGCGUGCCAGCCGGUGCCAACAACGGCGGUGUUCGCAGCAACCAGGUUGCUCCCUCGCAAUCGGGCCACACGAUCAGCACCUCGACAUCAACAUCGACGGUUGGAUCAACCUCGACAACGUCUACAACCCGUCGCCGCCGCGGAUUUGAGCUGAACAUGAACCAUGCUACGCUUUUGAAUCGCCGUGCUAAGCAGCAUGUGGGCCAGUCCGUUGAAGAGCAGGAUCAGACCGGAUCCACUGCCCUGGCUGUUUAA